AUGGGAAGAUGUUUGGCCGCUGCGGGAGUGUAUCCGGAAGAUACUAGGGACCAAAAUGGAUCGGAUAGGUUUCAUCAUUUUCACCCCACAGAGCAGUUAGUCAUGUACAAAGAUCCAUUCGCACGAAAAAACGCCUACUAUCCACCUCUUAAGGGAGCGAAGAAUUUCAGCCCGGAAAUGAUUGGAUUUCACCAUCUCUCGCCAUAUGAAAUGCGAGUUUUUGAUUAUUUCCUUUAUAAACUCAAAAGGAGAGUACCACAAACGUGA